UUUACCCAGCUGCCAACCCUCUCACUUCACAUGCACAAUCCAAUCUCUCCACUUCUUCUCCUCUCUCGGAAAAAGGUUCUUCAACCAGGACCUCAUCUGAAUUCUCUGCCCCACGGGGUGGACCGAGGAACUGUGUGUAUCCCUUCUCCGUAUGCAGAUAAUGGACAUGCUGACAUGUCCUUUUACGCUCUGUCUGUGCCCGAGAACCCGGCCCUGGCACCUCCACUCAGCCCGUCACUAUUCUGGCCCUCGCACAACACCCACACCAUGCCUGCUCUGUCCCUGCAAUGCCCACCUGCACUGCCAUACAGCGAGCCACAGAUUCACACCACCUGGGUCGACACCAAGCCACACACUGCGGGUGGAAACAGCUCUUUUCUGUGUCAGUCGAAGUUGUUUGGGAAGCGGCUGGAAGACGGCGGCAAAGCUGUGAACUCCUCUUCAUCGUCAUCGGGCACAGUGGCCAAAAGCGACAUGCACUUCUGUGUUGUGUGUCACGACUAUGCGUCAGGCUACCACUAUGGCGUCUGGUCCUGUGAGGGUUGCAAGGCUUUCUUCAAAAGGAGCAUUCAAGGACACAAUGACUACAUCUGUCCAGCCACCAACCAAUGCACAAUCGACAAGAACCGCCGCAAGAGCUGCCAAGCUUGCCGUCUACGCAAGUGCUACGAAGUGGGGAUGAUGAAAUGUGGUGCACGGCGUGAGCGGUGUGGUUAUCGAGUCUCCCACCACCGCCGGACCGCCCAAAUCAAAGACGGCUCAGCCAGACUCGUAGGGGUCAGAGGUCAUGACCAGAGACGUCCUCAUGCCCCGCUCCAUCUCUCGCUUUCUCUCCCGGACCCCAGGGUGCCGGGAGAGAGUGGGUUUUCGGGUUUGUCCCCCGAGCAGCUGGUGCACUGCAUCCUGGAGGCGGAACCACCGCAGAUCUUCUUGAGGCAGCAGAUGAAAAAACCAUACACGGAGAGCACUGUGAUGAUGUCACUUACGCAGCUUGCCGACAAGGAGCUCGUCCUCAUGAUCAGCUGGGCCAAGAAGAUCCCAGGUUUCGUGGAACUGACCUUGGCACAUCAGGUGCACCUGUUAGAGUGCUGCUGGUUGGAGGUGCUCAUGCUGGGCCUGAUGUGGAGGUCUAUCGAUCAUCCUGGAAAACUCAUCUUCUCUCCGGACCUCAAACUCAACAGGGAGGAGGGGAGCUGUGUUGAGGGGAUUAUGGAGAUCUUUGACAUGCUCCUGGCUGGCUCCUCCAGGUUCAGAGAGCUGAAGCUGCAGAAGGAGGAGUACGUUUGCCUCAAAGCGCUCAUCCUGCUCAACUCCAACAUGACGUCCUUGGAGUGUGAGAAGGAGGUGGAGAGCAGGACGAAGUUGCUGCGGCUACUUGAUGCCGUGACGGACGCGCUGGUGUGGGCCAUUUCACGAACGGGUUUAUCAAUGCAACAGCAGUCCGCUCGCCUCGCUCACCUACUCAUGCUGCUCUCGCAUAUCCGACAUCUUAGUAACAAAGGCAUGGAGCACCUUUCCAGUAUGAAGCGGAAGAAUGUUGUCCUGCUUUAUGACCUGCUGCUGGAGAUGCUCGAUGCCAAUACGACUCACAGCAGGCGCGUGUCCGAUAGCGCAUGCUGUGACAUGGCCACCCGAGAGACCGCGGUGGACCCUGGGGUCAUGACCCCGGUGACUUCGCCCAACACACUUGCGUCCCCUCAGCUCCACAGUCCUGUCGCUCAUCAACUCGCGCAGGUGAACGAGUCACAGUGCAGCCAGGAGUGAGUGCUAUCCCAGUCCGUCUCUCUCACGCGCACGGAUACAGACGUCCCUCUGGCUACCUAAUUCUUUCCCGGUCAAUGUUUAAGUAAUUGAUGUAAAGUUUGUUUGAUCAGCACUAGCUCGAUUAGGUGACCCAGAAUGCAUUGCAGCUUAUUUCACAAUGUGAUGAAAGUUCUUUACAUUUACUGUAUUUUCCAGAUAAGAUUUUUUUGGGGGCAAUUGAAUAAUUAACAUCCCCAGUGUUUACAGUUGGACUGCUACUCUAGCAUGUACGCUAGCUUGCCCAUUUGUUCGUCUUACAGCGCUAAUCUGACAAUCAACACGUACCGUGACAUUGUAAGCGGAAAUUAGCAUUAGUGAAAGAGCAAUAACGUGCGCGCACACAAAAAAAAAAAAAACAUAGGUUUCAGCAGUGAUGUUUGUAAAAUAUACUGGUGACUUAUUACCUGAUAAGGUUGACCAAUAAUAGUAAUACUGAAGACUUUCAUUGAAUAUGCCCAUUUUGAGAAAUUAAGGCCACACCAGUUUAAUUAGUUGGUUCUUGGAUUUUUUCAGGAAAAAUAUGAAGCGAGCGCGCGAAAUAAAAAUAAAAAAAAUGCUCUGAUGGUAAAAUUAGCGGUGGAAAUAGAGGGCUUUCAUAAUAGAGAAACAAAACAAAGACAAUACAUUAUUGUUACACAUUUCAUAUGGCUCUUUUAAUAGCUUAUCUUAUUUCCUCCCAUAUGCAUUAAGGGCUAGCUCUGGCUGCACGUCUUUUAUCAGGCAAACCCGUAAACAGAUAGGCUAAAUAAACGACUGAAUUACAGUCAAUUGAACAUCUACAAUGCACAGAAAAAAAGAUUUGACCAGGAGUAGGCUACUUCUGAUGGCUAAAUACUUCGAAUGAUUUUUUGUUUGCCCCUCACAUCAAUCAAUGAAAUAUAGAAAUCAAACCCACCUCCACAGAGUUGUUGUCCAAGUUGGCACAUCGCAGGGUAACAAGCUCACGGCAUCUUGAGUACAACUGUGCAAAGUUUUCCCCCUCUUGAAUUUCGACACACCUGUCAAAGAUUUUACGCUUCUGUCCGCUGAAUAUCCUAACAAUCACAAACAGGCUUUGCAGGAUUCCCCUCCACAGGCAUGUUUCUUCCACAAGUCUUUAUAUAAAGUGAAAGGGGCGAUUUGAUUGGUUUUCGACGUCAUGUGACCUCAACCUGCAGUCAAUUUAGUGUUUCAUUUUUCAUUUUCUUCAAGCGGGGAUUCCAAGAACCAACUAAUCGAAUUGGUGUGGCCUAAACUAAAAGUAUAGGCAUGUGUAAGGACAUGCACACAUUUUUGUAUGGAAAUAUUUUUAUGUUCCUGUUCAUUGUUAAAACAUUAUGGGAAGGAGAACAGGUAAAAAAAAAAAAAAAAUCAGCCAAAUAAUCCAGUAAUAUACUAAAUGGCGAACAAUUUAAAUGAGUACUCUAACAGUGUCGAUGAAGUAGAUUUAAAAUAAGAGUUUAAUUUUGUGGCGAGUGUUAUGUAGUCUUAUUUGGCAAGUGACAUGAAUGCUUUUUGUCCUUGCAUGAAUAGUGAGGAAAUAAGACACCAGAGUAAUUAAUGAGAACCCCAUGAUUGUCUUCAAGCUCAGGAAACAAUACAGUGAUGAACUUCCUCGAACACAAACUGGACAAAAGCUAAACUCAACUAUACUGCAGCAGUCAUGCAUCGUUGUAGAGUGAAGUAUUUGCGUGCGUCUGGUAGUCCAGAAAAUACAGUAUAAUUCUCCAGUCCAAAUAACUACCCCCCAUGUGUUUUUCAUUUGUACUACUCAUCCCUCCUUCUUCUGUUCUGUGGUGCUACCGUAUGUACGUCUCAACUGAGAGGACUUUUUUUUUUUUAAAAAAGGGCACUAAUACGAGCGGACUCUUUAACUGUUCCUUUCUUGUUUGAGAGGAUCAGGAGUGUGUGACGUGAACCACCGAAUGGAUCUGCCCAAGCGCCUUCACUUUUGAAACCCUGGAAUGUCCUGGACUUUAUACAGACAUUACGACUGAGGUAACGCAUGAUUUUUCCAGGCAUCAUGGUUUCACUCAAUAGAUCACAACAAAGUCUGAAUUCAAAAAAAGGAUUUUUGUAAAAUUUUCAAGCCAAGGUAUGUAAAUCUCAACACCAAAUCUGUAAUGUACAAUUACCUGAUUAUAUCAACUGCCUGCAAAAAACCCCAAACAAACCAUGAACGCAGUGAACAUG